AUGUCAAAACAGGAAGCCAGGCUUCAUUCCUUGGACCUCCCGCGGGUUAUCAGCGUGGAGUAUCCUCUCAAUAUCAAAAAUGUCGACAAAGCGGUGGCAAUGACCGGAGGAGCCCGUGCCAUCGCCGAACUGGCAAAGACUCAAGAACCUUUGGAACUCAGACUACGUCCCGGUGACAAAUACCAACACCCAAUAGAGGGAAAGAUGACACAUACUGAUAAUAUAUUGAUGAAGAUCAGCGUGCUGAAGAAAAUCCUCCAUGAAAAAUAUCACGGCAAUUUGCAAGCGUACAUCGAUGAUCAUCGCCAACAGAAGGACCAACCAUUAUACUUAAAGACCGAGCCGGUGGCCAUCAUCAAUAAAACUUAUCGGUUUAGAGAAAUGAGCGAUUAUCAAUAUAUCACCAAGAACUCGAAAUCCGCGCAAGAAGUUGCCGGAUCGGUGUUGACGGGGGAUUUGGAAAAAAUUCUGAGCUUGGAUAUAUCCAUCGACGAAUACCCUUGGUCGGCUAACAAUAAACCAAGAAAAGAUGAGGAUUUGGAUCUUCCGCCUCCCCCAAUUUUCUCCAGUAUGAAAGUCCCGGCUUUUUACGGCUACCAACAAAAUGAAAAGAAUUUUGCCCGAGUGUCGAAAUCGGGAGUAACGAAAUUGGUGCCGACCAACAAGGCCAGAAGACUUAGGGCCGCCAUUAUGGCGUGGGAUUGCCCUGAAGUACCUAGUUCCCCCGAUAUUGCCCUUAUUCGGGAAUGGGAAGAAUGGGCCAGCUUGGUGGUGCAAGUGAUUGAAAGAAUCAAGCAUGUUUCUAAUUACGAAGAUGAUUUCGAUUUGGAUGAUAUUUUCCCCCAUAGCAAACCUUUGCAAUUCCACAGUGAAAAGAUCCCGCAGACGUUCCAUAAUGAAUUGUUACGAGACCAAGAAACCAGCUUUGCGUACAAGAAUUUAAUGACAAUUGAGCAUUUGCAAAAAAUGUUUGAGAAACAUCCGAUCUAUUUGCGACGCCAGUUGUUGCUUCUGUUGCCAAAAUAUUUAAAAAGAAGUUUGAAAACCGGGCUCCCAUUCGUGUCAUAUUUGUUUAGAAAAGGUCCUUGGAGAAUGAUGUGUAUUAAAAUGGGAGUGGAUCCUAGAAAAGAUCAACGUUAUAGAAUGUACCAAAACGAAUCGUUCAGAGUUGUUGGAGUGAGUUCGGGAACGUUAUUAAAAGAAGAUGAGGAUAGCGACAAUGAAGAUGAGGAUUCUAAUAGUACCAAUUCUCAAAUGUUUGAGUUUUGGGGGGACAAAUUCCCGAAAAGUUUAUCAAUUUUGGUAAAAGAUCUUCAUGAUCCCGACGUGGUUGAGAUUUUCGACCUCAAUAAAGACUUACCGUUAAACAAGGUCCCUAAUGAGUCGUUUGGCUGGUACAAUCCCCGGAUUUUGAUAGCGAUUAGAAGGUUGAUCAGAUUCAAAUUGCCGUACUUGUAUAAGAAUAAAAAGAUUCCUGAAGAGCGGAUUAGACUGAUUAUUGAAGCGUCUUUGCAAGACGUUGAUUUUGACUCGAGGGCCGGGGACAAAGGAGCCGGGGAUGGGGAAUUCGCCGAUGAUGCCGAUUCCGACGAAGAGUAUUUUGAUUUCAAUGCGUUGAUUCAAGAAGGAAAUGAGGAAGAGCUUUUACAAUCGCUCAUGAAGUCGAAUCCAAAGUACGCCGAGGAGGUGAAGAAAUUGGUUGGGUUCAUCAAACAAGAGGAUUUAGAUUUACAAUGA